CUCCGUUGCUCAUCCCCUUGCAUCAUGUCGGACGUCGGACCCUCGAAUGCGGUGGUUCAGGCCACCGUCAGGUUCGCCGACGCCCCUCGACAGCGCACCCCCGAAUUCGAUGGCGCCCAAUUCUUGAGAGAUCUACUCAGGUCGACACCCACACGCCGAACUCCCGUUCAUCGAUGGAAGGCGGGCAAGAAAAAGGUCAUCGCGCUCAUCGGCUCGGUGUCCUGCCUCUUGUGGGGAUACGUCGACCCCACCGUGCUUCACCUCGUCCACAUUGUGCCAAGAUCUCUGGAGCGAACCAAUAAAAAACUGUUCAUACUCUUGCAAGAAGCUAUUGGGAAAAUCGUCACCGUCAACGGUGUCGAAGAGCGUGUCUUAUUUCUGGAUUGCACGGGCAAUUGCGAUCUCAUGAAUUGCCUAUCGCACAAAUAUUUUGAUGGUUCGUCCGACGAAGAGCACCUGGGCGAUGGCAACUUCUUUCUACUUCCCGUCGAGCUGGAUGAAAGCCUGGAAAUCAUGGUGAAUGCGAAGGGUACGAAACAGAGCUAUCUUGACAUGUUCCCCGGCCGCAAGUUCGGAUACGCCGUCCAUCACCUCAGCAGUUGUCAACCCAUGCAGAUCACUUGCUGGGGUCCUCAGCAGCGGACUUACGAACACCUUGACACCCUGCUACCAUCGACAUCCGAGGCCACCGAAGAUGAUCAAGACACUUCAAAUGGGGAUUUUGUGGACCUGCCCCAGCCCGGCGAGACAGACAAGGAGUUCGAAGCGAAGGCACGAGCUAUUACGCCAGACGACAUCCCCAAGAGCUGUCGAGAGCGCCCCAAAUUCCCCACUGGAUACACACCCCCUGUGCGCUGGCUCCCCCGCGAUGCCCCUCACAUCGUCGUCAGCCACACCAAACCGGCCUUCCACCUUUGGAACGCAACCCUCAAGCUGCACGUGCGUUACACUAAGCAGGUUCCUGGCGGUCUCUCCGACUACGAGAAACAACUUUACUACAAGCUGUUCAGUUCGCUCUCUCACCUGUUCGAGGCGGAGACCCCGGAGGCUAUCGCUCGGCUCAAAAAGGAAUUCGGCGAGCGCAUCUUCGAGGGCUCUACGCAUCGCUCUCGCGAACUGGCUUACAAGAAGCAGGCCGAAUCUGCUCCUACACGCAAGCCGAAGCGCCUUGCCUCGACCAAGCAUCGGAAUGCUCACACAGAGCCGGCGUUCGACGCCACGCCCACUGCGCCUGACGCUGCGUUUUCUUUCCGGUACGACCUUCGCUCGCGGAGGCAGUCGGAUGCUGCUUCUGCCGCUGCUCCUCCCUCUCGAUACAAUCUUCGCUCGAGGACGAUGACGGAUGCCUCGCCUGCCUCACCCAUCACGCCCGCCAAGCGCGCUGCCACGACGGAGGUCCCCGCCGGCGCCGACAAGGACCGCAAGACGAAGAAGAGGAAGACUGACUAGGAGCCCGGC